AUGGAAUUGGAAGCCAUAAUCGGAAAGAUCUUAUCCAUACUCGGGAUUCUGACAUUCGCACAGAGCUAUCUUCCCCCACAGGUACGCCAAAUCGUGAGACAAUGGGUGAUGCGCAUUGUUGACUGCGUAAAUAGAUGUUGCUGCGUGAGCCUCCCAGAAUUCAAAGGAAAGCACGGAUGGAACAUGAACGAGCUGUACACGGACGCGGAAGAGUACGUGAAAACUCUGGAAAGCGCCUCGGAAGCUCGCAAUCUAACGGCGUAUCGAGGCAUAAAUGCGAGAGAGUUGGGCAUCUCUCCCGACACAGAACAACUCAUCCACGACUCAUUCCGCGGAGUUAGAAUGUGCUGGACCCAACACACCAUACAGAAAAUGGCGGACAAAGAAACCGUUGAAAGACAGGCCUAUACUCUCAAAAUGAACAAACUAGACCAGAACCUCCUCAAGGCCUAUUUGAGCCACGUAUCCGAAAAGGCGGCGGAGCAUAAACUGGGCAAAAGGGAACUCAAAUUAUAUACCAACAGUGGAGUUUGCGCCAUUCGUGGACAAGGAUGGAAUAGCAUGCCUUUCAAGCACCCAUCUACUUUUCAUACGCUCGCACUCGAUCCAUCCAUAAAGAAAACAAUUAUCAAUGAUCUUGAUCGAUUUAAGGCCGGUAAAGAUUUCUACAGACAGAUCGGUCGCGCCUGGAAAAGCGGUUACCUUCUUCAUGGCCCUCCCGGAACGGGAAAGUCCAGCUUAAUUGCCGCCGUGGCAAACUACAUGAAAUAUGACAUCUAUGAUCUUGAACUCACUAAGGUCUCUCAUAACCAGGAGCUCCGUGCCCUUCUUACUCAGACCAGUGAAAAGGCCAUCAUUGUUAUCGAGGAUAUUGACUGA